AUGAUUUCCCACAAGUUCUUGAUCUUUACAAUCCUUUCAUGUGCUGCGCACUCACUGGCCGAUACUAAGCCGGCCAUUCUCUUUUCGCAGGAACCAUGCAAAGGCAAAACACUUGAAGUUCAGCCGGACGACCAAUGUGUCCUCCUGCCAAUCGGAUUAAAGAAAAACAUCAACGGCGCGGAGUUACCCACGGACGUUGUAUGCGACUUCUACACUGAUGAAAAGUGUCAAGAGCCCCUCUAUAUUGGAAUGGAGGACCCAGGCACCUGCAGCUUCAGCGACCCCGACGUGGACAUUGCAAACAAGACCGUGAGCGUCCACUGCUACGACAGUAAUGCGAUUUAUGACCAGCGAGAGAGUCUUUAA